AUGUCUUUAUCGCCUAAAGAUAUAAAUCUUAUUUUAAAUCUACUUAAUGAAGAAACAUGUGGUUCAUCAUUAACAUUCGAACAGAUAUCAAUUAAAUUUCAACAUGGAAUAAUAAAAUCAGAUUAUCUUCGUUUAGGAAAUGCUCUCGUAUUAUUAUUACAAAAUCGAGAUUUAGCUCCAACAGCACAACAACGCUUAAUUAUAUUUUAUUUAUUUAUUGAAAUGUACAAAAAUGAACAACAAUCAAUAUAUAUGAAUCCCUUUGCACCAGUAUUUUUAUCUGUAUUACAAUCAAAUGAAGAAAAUUCAACAACUACACAAAAAUAUUUUCGUUGGGUUAUCUCACCAGUAACAAAACAUGAACGGUCAUUUCUCUGUUCAUUAGUUACUAAUAAUAAUAAUAGAGAUUUAUUAAAUAAAACACCCAAUGAAAUUUUACAAUCGGAUUUGUUAUCGAAUGAUGAUAGUAAGCAAAAAGAAUUACAACAACAAUUAAAAGAAAAUAUUUAUGAAAGAACAAAAGAAUUCUCAGCUCUUGUUCAAUGCCAUCUACCAGCAGUGAUUGAUGAUCCAGAAAUUAAUAAUUAUGGAUUCGAUACGCUCAUUGGUGGUUCACGUAAUCGAUCGGCUAAUAGUCGGCAAACCAUAGAACAAUUAUUAUUAAAUAAUGUAAUGGAACAAACAAUACAUCCUGAAUAUCUUCGUCUUGUUCCACCAUUACAUGAAUGUACAGUAGAUGAACUUAUUUGGCUUUCACCAAUAGUAAAUAUCGAUCAUGAUACAUCAUUAUUAGCAUGGGACUCAUCUAUGUGUGUAUCUCAUUCAACUAAUUUUGCAAUUCGUCAAUUGAUGGAUAAAGCUUAUCAAAGUGCAAUAAAUUUACAAGAACAACAAAAACUUGUAGAUGAACUGAAUAAUGAUCCAGAUCUUAUUUAUCAUAUUGGUCUUACACCCUCUAAAUUACCGCUAUUAGUAGAAAAUAAUCCAUUGAUUAGUAUAAAUUGUUUAUUAAAAUUAAUAUCGUCGAAUCAAAUGACAGAAUAUUUAGAAGCAUUAGUUAAUAUGCAUAUGAGUUUACAUUCAAUGGAAGUUGUCAAUCGUUUAUCAACGUCAAUUGAAUUACCAAAGGAAUUUCUCUAUUUAUAUAUAUCAACUUGUAUACAAACAUGUGAAGUAACAACAGAUAAAUAUUUACAAAAUCGUUUUGUACGUCUUGUUAGCGUUUUUAUUCAAUCAUUAAUACGUAAUAAAGUUAUUGAUAUAAAAGAUCAUUUUGUUGAAGUACAAGGUUUUUGUAUUACUUUUCGAAAUAUAAAAGAAGCAGGUGCAUUAUUUCAAUUGAUUAGAACAUUUGAUUUACGUACUGAUGAUAACAAUGAUAUAACAACAACAUUAGGAGUCAACGAAGAAUGA